CGCCCCCGGAGGGCGGGCGGCCGGGGCGGGACUAGGGUAUUUGAAGGCAGAGCCACCGCCCUGCCGGCGCCCUCACCACCUCGCCAGGAGCCACCCGGAGAGAGCGAGAGAGCGCAAGGCAAAGGAAAAUGGCAGACAGUUUUUCGCUUAAUGAUGCCUUAUCUGGGUCUGGAAACCCAAACCCUCAAGGAUGGCCAGGUGCAUGGGGGAACCAGCCUGGGGCUGGAGCAGGGGGUUACCCAGGGGCCUCCUAUCCUGGGGCCUAUCCUGGGCAGGCACCUCCAGGGCCCUACCCUGGACAGGCACCACCUGGAGCCUAUCCUGGGCAGGCACCUCCUCCGGGGCCCUAUCCUGGACAGGCACCUCCCAGCACCUACCCUGGCCCAGGACCUUAUCCUGGACCUCCUGCAUCUGGAGCCUACCCAGGGCAACCAGGUGGGCCUGGGGCCUACCCACCUCCGGGACAGCCAAGUGCUCCUGGAGCCUACCCUGCCGCUGGCCCCUUUGGCGCCCCUGCUGGACCACUGACUGUGCCUUAUGAGCUGCCCCUGCCUGGAGGAGUCAUGCCUCGCAUGCUGAUAACAAUUCUGGGCACCGUGAAGCCCAAUGCAAACAGAAUUGCUUUAGACUUCAGGAGAGGGAAUGAUGUUGCCUUCCACUUUAACCCACGCUUCAAUGAGAACAACAGGAAAGUCAUCGUGUGCAAUACAAAGCUGGAUAAUACCUGGGGAAAGGAGGAGAGACAGAUGGUUUUCCCAUUUGAAAGUGGUAAACCAUUCAAAAUACAAGUCCUGGUUGAGCCUGACCACUUCAAGGUUGCUGUCAACGAUGCUCACUUGUUACAGUACAAUCAUCGGAUGAAAAAUCUCAGGGAAAUCAGCAAACUGGGAAUUUCUGGUGACAUAAACCUCACCAGUGCUUCACAUGCUAUGAUAUAAUAUGGAAGGGGCAUAUACUUUAAAAGUAAAAUUGAAUCUAAACUUUACACAUUUAAAGUCUUCAUGUGAAGUUUACCUUUAUUCAUCAAUAUCCUUCUUGUAAGUCAUCCAUUUAAUAAAUAUUCUUACGCUGUUA